AUGAGUGAAACACAACAAGAACUCCUUUCUCAAGAAAAAACUACAAUAACACAACCAGAAGAAUAUAAAAUGGUUUUUUGUGUUAGAAAUGAUUUGAAAAUGGGUAAAGGUAAAAUUGCAGCACAAUGUGGUCAUGCUGUUGUUGAGUGUGUUCUUAAAUCAUUAAAAACUCAGCCAGAUGUUUUAAAAUGUUGGCACGAACAUGACCAAACUAAGGUUGCAUUAAGAGUUGAUUCAUUAGAACAAUUAUUAGAAUUGGAGAACCAAGCAAAUCAAGAAGGUAUUGUUAAUGGACUGAUAACUGAUCUUGGCAGAACACAAAUUGCACCUAACACAAUCACUGUUUUAGGGAUUGGUCCAGAUACUGUUAGUAAAAUUAACAAAAUUACUGGUCAUUUGAAGUUAUUGAAUUAA